AUGAAGCAGGCGCAUCCGCAGCCCGUGCUGGGCUUGGGCGCGGCGGAGCCGAAGGAGAUCAUGGAAGCAUUUCUCUCAGGGCUGGAGCAAAUUGUGAGCGCCGCGCGGCAGGUGCACCUGCUACCCGUGGCGUUCUUCAACGGCGAUGCCGAAGCGGAGUGCGACUACGGGCGCGACGCGUUCCUCAUGGUCCCGCCGUUCCCAGUCUUCGCCGUACUGGAAAAGGAGCAGGCCAAGCUGAGGGUGGUGCUCAUGAAUGGGUCCGUGGUGCAAGCCGAUGGGGUAACCGUGGCCGUGACGAGGCUCGGGCGAGCGGUUCUGGGGGGCGCGUUGGGCUCAUUGAGGGGCUCGUGGUGCAUGCCGAUAGUUUUGGCUGGCGAUGAAUCGGAUCGCCCCCACACUACCCUGCUCACCGAGACUGAUGCCUUUGCGGCUUCGGUGUCGAAGAGCAAGGGCACGUGGCUCAAGGAGAAAUUCGUGGACCAGGCCGAUGGUGCGGCCGUGGCCGAGGCGGGCUCGGACAAGAAGUUUCAAUUGCAGCCCUUAUUGCAGAGCAAGGGCGUGGGGGCCGAAGCGGGCUCGGAAGCGAAGUUCCAGGGCCCUGGCAGUGGCUCUGGUAAAACAGGUGUAGCAGGAGCAGCUCACGACAUGGUGCUGUAUAUGGAAGACCAGCAGGCUAACACAUUCGACCUGAGUAUGGACGUGACUGAGGAGUUCCAGCAACAAGCUUUCGUGAUUUGCCAGGGCGCGGGGCUGACGGCUGGGACUGUUGUGCAGGCCGAUGGUGCGGCCGAUGCCGACGCGAGCUCGGAUGAGCAGAUCCAGCUGCAG